AUGACCUCGACUCGCGCUGAGAUGGCCCAGCGCCUGCUGGAGUACCUCGACGCCCAGGUACCCACGCAGCUACCGACAAAGCCGCUUGAAAAAGCCUUCGAGAACAUGCGUCGUGCUGAGGCAGUUCCUGUCGCUGCGCUCCACAGCAUCAACGAAGCCGACAUGCGCCAUCUCUGCGCCUACAUCAAAGCCAAUUUGCUCCAAGAAGCUGAUCGAAGCCGGAACAUCGUCGACAGCAAAGCCAUUCCUGCGAAGCCGACAGCUACGCUUCCUUUGCCCUCCGUCAAACAGUGGCCGCUCCAUCCUGUCACUUCAGCAUCAUCAGCGCCUACCCUACCACCGGCACCUUCCACGAAGCCGAUUGCACCGGCUCCCGUACAGCAAUCUCGUUUUUCUAAGCCAACUGCGCCUGUGUUCCAUCUCGCAAAGCCGAUGAAGGUGGCUCCAAUGCUUCAACCUCGUCCAAGCUACACCAAGAACAACUGGACUGGCACUAGUCCUGCCGUAGACCGGGACACUCGAGAUGCUCCUGGAAGGCGUCAUGUCUUGGGAACCGUGCCGAGAUUCACAUCGCAGCUGCCUAGGGCUACCUGCUGGCCAUCUGCGCUGCGAACCACGAAGAUUUACAAGCCAUUUCUCUCCUACGCGAAGGGCGACAAUGGUGAGGUUGAGCCGUGGAGAUAUGGUUCGAACAACCUCAACAGCCUUGGACUAUGCUUCACCACCUUCGCGACCAAGGCUUCUUGUCCUCAUGGCGGCCAGUGCGACUGGCGUCAUAGGGCGCUGUCCGAAGAGGAGCUGCAGUGGCUGAGAGACAUUGGCAAGGGCUUGUACAGUAAGCACCUUGUCGGCUACCAGACGUUUGGUGUUGAUGUGGUCGAAGACACUCAGUGGCCACACUGA